GCGAGCCCAAAUUGAACGUUCGGCAAAAGAAAACAAUUGUAUUUUACAUACUCUGUUUUACAGAGAAAAACGCAUAAAACGAGAUACUUCAACUGGAAUUGAAACCGCUGACAAAAACUAUUCAACGACGCGAGACGGGGAGAGUUUAUCCGGGCUCGGCAUCAUGGAUCAGGACUAUGAGUGUAGGCUACUCCGGCAGAUCAACAUUCAAAAUGAGAAUGCAAGCCCUAUAAAAGCGGUAGGAGCGGUGCGAGCUCUGACACCCACCAGCUCCCCCCUGUCCUCCCCUAGCAAGCAUGGUGAUCGCUUUAUUCCCUCCCGGGCUGGAGCCAACUGGAGUGUCAACUUCCACCGCAUCAAUGAAAUUGAAAAGUCACACAAUCAAAACAGAAAAACCAAAGAUGGCACAACAGACAGCAACAAAGCGGAUGGUCUGGCUUACUCAGCUCUGCUGAAGAACGAGCUGCUAGGAGCGGGCAUCGAGAAAGUCCAGGACCCCCAGUCAGAGGACCGCCGCCUGCAGCCAUCUACUCCUGCCAAGAGAAGCCUUUUUAGUUAUUCGGUCAGUACAAAAAGGGCUCUGCCAGAAGAGGAUGGAAACACCGUCUCUCCAUAUUCUUUAUCACCUGUCAGUAGCAACAGCCAGAAACUGUUGCGGUCGCCAAGGAAACCUACACGCAAAAUAUCCAAAAUUCCUUUUAAAGUCCUGGAUGCUCCAGAGCUUCAGGACGACUUCUACCUCAACCUAGUGGACUGGUCCUCUCUGAAUGUGCUCAGUGUUGGACUAGGGACCUGCGUCUACCUGUGGAGUGCCUGCACCAGCCAGGUGACACGUUUAUGUGACCUUUCUGUAGAAGGAGAUUCUGUAACAUCAGUGGGCUGGUCAGAGAGGGGUAACCUGGUGGCGGUGGGGACUCAUAAAGGCUAUGUACAGAUCUGGGAUGCAGCAGCAGGGAAGAAACUCUCCGUAUUAGAAGGGCACACAGCCAGAGUGGGUGCGUUGGCAUGGAAUGCAGACCAGCUGUCGUCUGGGAGCCGCGAUCGGGUGAUCCUGCAGCGGGACAUCAGAGCUCCACCUCUCCAGUCAGAGCGCCGUCUUCAAGGACACAGGCAGGAAGUCUGCGGGCUCAAGUGGAGUACAGACCACCAGCUGCUAGCCUCAGGUGGAAAUGAUAACAAGUUACUCGUGUGGAACCACUCGAGCGUCCUCCCGGUGCAGCAGUACACAGAGCACCUGGCCGCGGUGAAGGCCAUCGCCUGGUCUCCCCACCAGCAUGGCCUGCUGGCCUCUGGAGGCGGCACCGCAGACCGCUGCAUUCGCUUCUGGAACACUCUGACCGGCCAGCCCUUACAGUGCACAGACACGGGCUCUCAGGUCUGCAACCUGGCCUGGUCCAAGCACACGAAUGAACUGGUCAGCACACAUGGUUAUUCCCAGAACCAGAUCCUGGUGUGGAAGUAUCCCUCUCUCACUCAGGUGGCCAAACUCACAGGACAUUCCUACAGAGUCCUCUACCUGGCCAUGUCUCCUGACGGAGAGGCCAUUGUGACGGGAGCCGGAGAUGAAACACUUCGGUUCUGGAACGUCUUUAGCAAGAUGAGAUCCACUAAGGAAUCUGUGUCAGUGCUGAACCUCUUCACCAGGAUCCGGUAGUGAGCCCGCCUCUGUGCUACGAGGGAAUAAAGCCAGGAAGGGGAUUUAUCUUUGCAUGUAUCGAGCUGUAAACGAGCCCUUUCUUUGAGUAUUCACCUCAGUAGUCUGCAGAGGGCCCCUUCGAUUGCCCUGCGUUAUUUAGCCAAGUUGUAGCUGGAGACGGAGAGAUGCACGGCGAGUGUCGAGGGCGGAGGAGACACGUAUGUACAGUAUUCCACUUCCGCCUGAAUGACGGAGCCACUGCCGCCUCCAACAGACCAGUGAUCUUUGAUGAUGAGGAGAAUUUGGGGGGCAUUUUCUCUCCCCAUGUGAUUAUGUUUUGUUUACAGACUGACAUUGUGCUUACCUGCCAAAUAUUGAGUUUGUCCUUUUGAUUGUCUAAUUUAUUUUAUUUUUUGUUUUGUUUUUUUUUUUUUAACAUUUUUUACAUAAUU